AAUAGUGCUCAGUCUGACCGCCAGGUGUCAGUAACGUGCAGCAUCACAAAUCAAAUGAGCGGGAGAGACAAACCGAAGAAGAGCCUGUCCGUACGUUUUUUAAGUGUAACUACAUUACAAUGUAAACAGUGAUAAUUUAAUUAGAAAGUAAAUCCCGUUAGAGAAGACAAACAGUCUUAAAACGUUUGCUUAACAUCAUGGGGAAGCGUAAGAAAACCCUGGACAUGAGGUGUGUGUUAUUCCCAGAUGAUGUGAAGAGUACUUUCGGAAAAGGAGGAAAAGCCAGAACGUCCACUCCUGCCUCAAAGUCAUGGGAGAGAUGUGGAGACAGUUUUCUGGACAGCGCCGUCAUCCAUAAACUGCAAACAUCAGAGAAGAAGAGCAGAACUGCAAGCAAAGUUGCUCUGACUGGGAGCAAAGGGGCUGCCACAGAUGAAGCGGUGAACAUUGCUUGGAGCUCCAGUGAAGAGGAAGAUUCAGACGGUGAUAAUAAUCCUCCUCCUCCUGCUCCUCGACAGCCACUCAGGGCACAGAAACAGCGUUCUGUUGACCAGCACAGGAGUCUGCGGAUGUUUAGCACUGGUGUAGACACAGAUGAACUGCCCACUAUUGAUUCAGACAGUGAAAUAGAGGAGGAGAAUUCAGCUUCCAAAGAGCACAGUGACUUCCUAAAUCCUGCUGUGUCACCAGCUGAGAUUUCUGACUACUCCUCUUAUGACUGUAAUGAUGAAGAUCCAAAUGAAAGCAGAGCUGAAUCCUCUCUUGCGGCAGACACCAGCAAACAGUCAGUCAGUGAGUGGAUCCGCUCCGCUCAGGCCAUCCUCCAGACGCCUCAAAAGCAAACCACCAAGACCAUCAAAACCCCAGAGGACUCCAGCAAAAAGAGGAGGAGGUUCGAAAGAGGGGGUCUUGCUGAAAGACUGAACCGACUCCACAGCAGACAGAGAUCCGCCAUCAGCUUCUGGAGACAUCAGUGCAACUCCACCACAUCAGCUGCUGACAGGCCUGGAGUCCUGACGCUGAGGAUUGUGGGAGUUCGGGAGGAGUGUGGCAUGCAGGCCACUUUGUGUGAGCGACUGCCGGAGGGAGAAACCUGUGUGGCUCUUUUUAACAAGGAUACGGCCGUCCAGAUACAGCCUGUGCCUGGAGACAUCGUCCACAUAUAUCCACCAUGGCAGAAUCUGAUUUUGGAGGGUGAACGCUAUCCCAUAAUCCUCAACACUCACUUCAGUCAGAAAGUCUGCAUGGAGAUCAAAGCAGAAAGCGCAGAAGGCCCAAAAUCUGCAGUGGCCGUGGAAAAAUGCAGACCUCCACCAUUAACCAGGUGCCUUUGGCGGUCAGAGACGAGCCAAGUGUCAACCGAGAGAUCUGUUCCCUGUAAACAGGUGGUUGAGUUGGCCAGUACAGGAGUUCGGAAGUCUCUGCUGGAUGCAGUGGAGGAUUGCGGGCCGUCUGGGUCUCAGAGCGGGCCUGUUGAGGUGGUUGUUCAGAGGGUUUACUGUAUCCCCAUCACACAGUCUCUUCACAGAGCUUCACUCCAGCACAGAGCACUGGCCAAACCUCCACCAGAAUCAGCACAAGACAUCGGCAGGCUGUGCGCUCUGGUUCAGGACGGUUAUGGGAUGUUCGGUGAGCUGCUUCUUCAGUGCGUGUCCUCAGACUCGGAGAUCCAGCAGGUCUCAGAUGAGCUGGAGGGCCGUGUUUGUCUCCUGCGGGCCUUCAGGGUCGUCCAGCGGCUCACACGCGACAGUCUUUCUCCAUUCAAUGGCCUAUAAUUCUGGACAACCUAAAUCCAGAAACCCAGCUAUUCUCUCUAUGCAGCGUCACAGGUGUGAUUGUUGCGGUGGAUGAAAACACAGCGUUCUCCUGGCCUAUUUGCUGUCGGUGUGAGAGUUGCCAUUUAGAGAUUCGAGAAAACGAGAAAGAAUUCCUCUGUUUGGUGUGUGGAGCAGUGAUGGAUGAACCCAGCACAAAGAUGCAGCUGGAGGUGUUUCUGAGCUGCUCUUCACUGAGCCACUGUACCGUCAAAAUCAAGUUGCAGCAAAAAACCAUCAAGUCUCUUUUAAGCUCGACAAGAAGUUCUGAGGGCCACAAUGUGGAGCAUGUUCUUGGCUCAGAGAUCGGUCCUCUCAGCGCCUUCGUCCACAUUGUGAACAGGAGUCAGACUGUUUGGAUCGGUUUGGAGGAGUUAUCCUUUGACUAGCUCGCUUAUCUGCUGCUAUUAUUACUGAAGAAUCAGCCAACACUAGUCAUGCAUUACUUCUGAAGGAGUAUAUGUGAUAAAAAUAGCCUUGACUGAACCACUUUCACUCAAACUACUUUUUGAAUGUUUAUUCCGAGUCAUAUUGAUCUGGAAUAUGUUGAAAUGAAUUAUUAUUAAGAUGUUUUUGCGGUAAAUCCAGCUGAUGAAAGAGAUUUUGUGUUGAGGCAAAAGUUGUUUCUAACCACAUUAUGGUGGCGUUUAAGUUAAGCUGUACACAAUUAACACUCUCAUCUGUUUUGCUGCACUUCAUGAUAGCUCAUAUUUACUAUAAAUAAAUGUUUUUUUUGCCACCAAA